CCUACUUUCACAACGGUCACACGCUUUCUAUUUGAUUUCUCGUUUUUUUUUUUCUCAUCUCAACAAUUUUUGUUAAACAAUUUACCGUGAAUUUUGUUGUUGUGUGUGUGGAUGUGUACGUGCGAGCGCAAAAAACAAAAGCGGAAAAAAGUGCUGGGGAAAUCGAAUGAAAAGAAGAAAAACGAAGGCAGAAAAUGCUGGCAAACAAGAAAUCGUCAAGGUGAAAACUGCGCGCCCUUCGUCUUCGCUAAAGAAAAAGGGGUGUUUUCGCGCUAUAUAAUCCAAAAACGAACGAUAAUCUGCAUAGAAUCAAGGAAAAUUCAUCAGCUUUUGGCGGCCAAUUUGCAAAUACAAAAUACUAAAAUACGCUACAUGGAUUACGCACACACACAAGGGCACUGGCAAACGUAAAUAGACUACAUACAGUUGUCUCUCUUGCUCUGCUUGCUAAAGCAAAGGCUGCCAGAAAGAGAUAGCCAGACUUGCCUUUUCUUGUACUUCACUAUAUUUUUUAUUGUUUUUUUGUUGUUGUACGUGUGUGUGCGAGAGUGCCAAAUGUCAUCGGAAAUUACAACACUGUAAGAAGAAGAAGCAGAAGCAGCAGUGCAACAUAAACAAAACAAGAGAAAAAUAAUAAUACCUUAACAAAAUGUUGCCCGCCAAUAAUAAAAGUAACACCAAUACAAGUACAACCAGCACUACCAAUACCAACAGAUGCCUCAUCCAGUCGGCCAUUGAAAGAACGGUAGUUCGUCUACGGGAAACGGCAACUAGCGGUACCUUUCAAGACUCCACAGAAGCUCCCUGCGUGGAAUACGAUAUUAUUAACUAUUAUGCAGAAAACAAUAAUAAUAGUACGCCCCGAAUCGCCGUCACUCCGCGACAACAGCAACACCAGUUGUCCUCUUCUCGCCACGGCGGCAACAAUAACAAUAACAGUGAGUGUCAUCCUGCAUUGGAUGGAUCCAGCAGUGUUGUUGUUGUGGUUGCACCGGCGGCGGGAAGCGAACUCGAAGGGGCAGAACGGGGAGUAACAGAAGAGGAUCUGGAAGUGGAUGUGGAUGUAGAAGAGGGAUCACCAGUUAAGCCUUUUAACCCAAAGAAACAACAAAAUCGUUUUAAAGGCGGCGGUGGAACGCAAAGUCGAUUACGCCGCUCGGCUGCCAUCGUUCCAGCGAGAUCACUUCCAGAAAGCAGUAGCAAUUCCAAUUCCAGUAGCAACUCCAGUUCUAGUGCUUCCAAUCCCUGCUCUUCCCUUGGCGUUAAUAUGCGAGUAACGGGACAAUGCAGCCAGGGCGGCAGGAAAUAUAUGGAGGAUCAGUUUUCGGUGGCGUACCAGGAAUCCCCACUCACGCACGAACUGGAAUAUGCAUUUUUUGGAAUAUACGAUGGUCACGGAGGUCCUGAAGCAGCGCUAUUUGCAAAGGAACAUCUCAUGUUGGAGAUCGUUAAACAAAAACAAUUCUGGUCGGACCAGGAUGAGGAUGUUCUGCGGGCGAUUCGUGAGGGAUACAUCGCCACACAUUUUGCUAUGUGGCGGGAACAAGAGAAAUGGCCCCGCACCGCCAAUGGACACCUAAGCACAGCGGGAACCACUGCCACAGUGGCCUUUAUGCGUCGAGAGAAGAUCUACAUUGGUCAUGUGGGUGACUCCGGCAUUGUUCUGGGUUACCAGAACAAAGGAGAACGGAACUGGAGGGCGCGACCACUGACCACGGAUCACAAACCCGAAUCGCUGGCCGAGAAGACCAGAAUCCAGCGAGCCGGUGGUAAUGUGGCGAUCAAAUCGGGAGUUCCCAGGGUGGUGUGGAAUCGACCCCGGGAUCCAAUGCACCGCGGGCCCAUCAAGUGGAGGACUCCAGUGGACGAUAUACCCUUUCUGGCGGUGGCCCGUUCGUUGGGCGAUCUCUGGAGCUACAAUUCCCGCUGCAAAGAGUUUGUUGUGAGUCCCGAUCCGGAUGUCAAGGUGGUCAAAAUCGAUCCCAGUACCUUUAGAUGCCUGAUCUUCGGCACCGAUGGCCUGUGGAACGUGGUGACCGCUCAGGAGGCGGUGGACAGUGUGCGCAAGGAGCAUCUAAUCGGCGAAUUACUGAACGAACAGGAUGUGAUGAAUCCGAGCAAGGCGCUUGUGGAUCAGGCCUUAAAAACCUGGGCCGCCAAAAAGAUGCGGGCGGACAAUACGUCCGUUGUGACUGUGAUACUAACACCAGCGGCCCACAGUAAUGCGCCCAGAACUCCAAAGCGUUCCCAAUCCGCCAUGGCACGUGAUGCAGACCUCGAGGUGGAGCUUUUGCUUGAGGAGGACGACGAGGAGCAGCCCCCGCUAGAUGUGGAGAACAAUUGCCCCGAGUUUCUCAUCGAGGAGGACGAAUACGUACUGGAUCAGCCGUACAGUGCCUUGGCCAAGCGGCAUUUGCCACCCGACGCCUUUCGUGAUUUCGAUUACUUUAGUCUGGACGACGAUGAGCCUAUGGAGGAGGAUGAGGAGCCAUCGGUGGAGCAGAGCUUGUUCAGUCCCAGGAAAACGUGGCGCAAGUCCUGGACCGGCGAAACCGAACCAGAACCCGAUCCCGAACCAGAUCGAUUGGAUAAUCCCGCGCUGGACAUGUAUUCCCAUACCAGCAUCGACAAGUGCGCCAUAUACGCGAAUAGUAUAGCCCCGCCAGCAAUUACUCCAGCGGAAAGGUCUACAAAUCGAGAGCUGAGCGAACUGGAACAGCACUUGGAGAGUAGCUACAGCUUUGCCGAGUCCUAUAAUUCUCUCCUGAACGAACAGGAGGAGCAGGAGGCGCGUUCACGUUUAGCAGCAGCGGCUGCAGAAGCCGAAGCAGCAGCACAGCAGACCACUGCCCAUUCCGCAUCCGUUGUGGUGGAUCGCAGCAUGUUGGAGAUUAUCCAGGAGCAGCAGCACUAUCAGCAGCAAGAGGGUUACUCGUUGACGCAGCUAGAAACCCGGCGCGAACGGGAGCGGCUCACCGAAGCGUGGCCGCAACAGCCCGCGGAGCUCCUCGAACUGGAUGCCUUGCUGCAGCAGGAGCGCGCCGAGGAGGAGCAGGUGGCCCUGGAGCAGCAGCUGCAGCGCGAGCAGCAAAUGGAGGUGGAUGUGGUGGCUAGCAGUAGUUCGGGACAUCACGAGUUUGCUUUCCCGGUCGCCGCCGAGUGGAGUCCCACGGCAGCAGAAGCGGAAGAAGAGUCCCAGGUGAUAGAUAUCCAGGUGGAACAGGAACACGAACACGAACAGGAACCGGAGCUGCAGGACAAUGAAGUGAGCUCUACUUUGCCCGCCACACCCAUUGAAUUGAUCGAACCGGUUGUGGAGAAACCAGAGCCAAAAAAGGAGCAGGAGACGCUGCUCGGGAAGGAAAAACCUCUGGUCAAGCAGGAAAAAAAGCUGCCCAAGAAGCAGGAGCCGCCCAAACUUGGCCAAGAACUCGUUGCUGUGCUGGAAACGGUGUCACUCCGCAAAGAAGACGCCCAAGCCGUGCACUUCAUAUUCGAGCAUAUACAAAAGCUGCAGGAGUCGGAGAUGCCUGCCAAUCCCCUGGUGGGUGAGGCUGAGGCCCCCGAAUCCGGCGGACUGGGAGGAUCCAUGUCCGCGCCUCGUAUCCGCCAGAUGCGUCGUUACCGAAACGUGCCCAACGAGAAUCACCAGCACAUGCAGACGCGUCGCCGCCAGAUGUUCAAGCAUGGCAAGCCCAAAUCCUUCAUAGCAUCCGCUGGAGCGGCCAUUGUGGCCUAUGGCGAUAGCAGUGGCUCCGUCGGAGGAGCAGCAGGCUCGGCUGGCAGUCCGGCAGAAGGACGUGUGGGUGGUGGAUCAUCGAGCGGCAACGGCAACGGCAAUCCAACAGCGGCGGCCAAUCGGCGAGGGAGCGUCAAUGUGGUGGCCAGUUCGAGUGGCAAUAGUGGCAAUGGUUCCACCACCUCCAUGAUGAUGACCCGCCGCAGUCACAGCUUGACGGCCAGCGGCGGUGUGAGCAAAAGGCAGCUGCGCAGCAGUCUCUGCAGCCUGGGCCUGGGAUUGGGAUUGGACAUGAACAAGCGAACGCUGCGGACCCGCAAUGUUCCCGUUUCGACGGGCGGAGCAGCCACGCCCGUUAGCAACUCCUCGCCGGCCAAUGGAGGCAAUGGUUCGGGCGUGUUCAACAGUCCAAGCAAUCCCGUGACCUCGGCCAGGGGAAGUGUCAAUCCUGGUCCGGGAAACAGUGGCUCGCGGCGAAUGAAACGCAGUCACGAGGAUCGGGAGCAGAGGAGGAGUUUGCGGCGGAGCACCCUAAGUGCCAGUUCCAGCGGAGCCAGUGGAGUAACCUCUUCGAACGCGAAACCCAAUCGCCUGCAGGCCUGCAACGGAGCCAUCUCCGCGCGACCGCCGCCCUCUCCCAAGAAACUAAACGCAGCGGUGCCCACGUUGGCGAUCGGAACCCGCGCCUAUACGGCUGCUUUGGCGGCGGCGGCGGAUCACCUGAACAAGCGGUGGUCAUUGCGGAGCAGCAGUGGCACCUCCAGCAACCUGAUAACAACGAUCAGUUGUUACAGUGCCAGGAGCAGGGCGGCGGCAGCGGGAGCAGCUGGACAGCCAGGAACUGGUGGAGCAGCCACACCAGGAGCAUCUUUAACCGCAGUCGCCACACGUCGCCGCUAAGCAGAAAAGUAUAAUGAAAUCGUAAUCGAAAUCGGAGAAAAACGAAAAUCAAGCGGGCGAGCAACUUGCAAGUACAAAUCCCAAGCAACGGAAAACCUAAAAGCCUAGUUCUACUAAAUCGAAAAUGCUAAAAUUGUAAUCGUAAUUAACAAAUUGUUUAAAUGUGCACAACACACACACACACAUCGGAUCUAUUGUUUUAUUGUACAUAGAAAGCUAUAAAACACACAUCAUAUAUUUAUACCUAAGCCCAAACAAUAAAACAAAUUCAUAGUGUAGCUAUAAAUCGCAGUUAGUAUAUAGUAUAUAGAUAUAUAUAUUUUUGGUAUUGUCUGCAAAAGCAGUUCUCCAACAUCCGUCAGUUUUCCCUUCAAUAUAAAUGUCCUCUUUCUCUAUUCUAAUAUGUAUGUUUUGCUGUUUUUACGCUAAGUUGACUAAGCUAGUUGGUAAGUUAAGUUAACAAGAGAGAUGCUAAUAACUUUAAUUAUUUUUUUUCCCAAUUAUAAAUUUCAUGUAUCAAUUGCAUGUCCAUCGCGCUCUCGUGCAUUAAGCAUUAUCUAUGAAAUACAUAUGAUAUUUUUACAUAA